CCCAUAUCUGGCACGCGCUUGCAGGGGAGAAAUUGUUUGAAUGCAAGGGGGCCAGAGAAAAAUUAAUAAGGGACUCCUCAACGCAGAUGUUUUGCUGGGAAUGUAGAGACAUCUGCAAAUUUUAGGUUAAGGUGAUUUGCGAGGGGCUGAAUUUUGUGGGUCGCCCGGUCAAAUUCAGGAUGACAGAGUGUAUUGUCGCUCAAAAGCAUAAAAACACAUUAUACUCUCAUAUCUAUGCCUGGCCAUGGCAGCAGAGAACACGGUAUAUGAUGAAUUGGGUCUGCGGACCAAUACAACCGCAAUUCAUUUCUUUUAGUAAUGCCCAUGUUGAGGGUUAG